ACUGAUGUUCUUUUUAUUAUUAUUUCUAAGUUCACGUGGGUACAUCCAUGUGACGUGCAUGUCAACUUUAAAUGUCAGAUGUGCACUACAUACAAAUACAAGAUAUUUACCUUUAACUGUAACCAGAAUUAGAAGUUGGAGCGCACUUCAGAUAAUAAUGGCGCAAGUUCCACUGGUGUCGACUGAUCCGAUCGAAGUUCUAACAAACAAAUACUUAAUCGAGGAACCUUGCGUUAAUAAAUACUGGGGUCCAGGUCUCGGCGCUGGGUUUAUGUUUGCGUUAGCCUGUGGGUCGAAUUGGUUUAUAAGACGACCAAUGCUUUCUGGCAUUCAAAAACAUGUCGUGUUUACCAUUCUGGGUGGCUUUUUAGGUAAAUACAUAGAUAGUAAUCGUAGCGAGUAUUUGGCGGAAAGGGACGCAGUUUUGCGACAUUACAUUGAAUUGCAUCGUGACGACUUUCCAGAUUUCGAACGGAAAAAAUACUCCGAAGUAUUUGAACCUUGGGUACCUAUUCGUUAAAGGAGAAUUUAUUAGUAGUAUGUAAUUAAAUGCGGAAUAUUAAAAAACAGUUUAUUAAUAACAAAAAAAUAUGCUGUACAA